CGCGAAACUGUUGUGCCGGACUUCCCUGUCUAGCAACUACUUUUUUAUUAUUAAACCCUCCACAGCGCCCCCCUUUCUCUCCAAUCCGUCGUCUCUACUUCCAUAUUAGUAGUGCUAAGUGUGUUGAUAUAUACGCAACUUGCCUACAUAUAUAUACCUUAUAUAUAUAUAUAUAUAUAUAUAUAUAUACUUUUUGUUUUAGUACACACAACGCAAUACGGCCAAGAAAGAUAAAGGGGGGCAAUUCCACCCACCGCCUGAUCAGGCCCCGAAACAGGCGUCAUGACUCUCGACGAAGUCGACCGUGAGCUCGAGGCGGCCGAGCGCGAUGCCUCGCCGCACAUGUUCCCCCAACGACGAAGCGAGGAGAUUGAGAGGGUGAUAUCGGCAUCGUCGGUCUCGACAGCGUCGUCAUCCGAGACCGGGGGCGCGGUACGGCGCGGGGGCUUGUCGUCGUCGGCGGCAAGCGGCCUCGGCGCCAUGAGCCGUGUUUCCACCCAGAGAGACCUCGAGCGCCAUCCCACCGAGCUGAGCCGCAUCCACACGGCGCGGAGCCAGCACAGCGCCACCGUCGGCAGGGACCCCAGGAGCAGAGAAUCCAAGAAGCCGCUGCCCUCCUUCGGCGCCGGCAAGCCCUACCCGCCCAUGCUCCAGGACCGCGAAGACUACGUCGUCGAGUUCGACGGCCCUGACGACCCGUUGCACGCCCAGAAUUGGCCCUUGAACAAGAAACUCGUUACUGCUGGCGUGCUGGGUUACACUACUUUGACAGCUGCCUUUGGGUCGAGCAUCUUCUCGGCCGCCACUCGUGCCGUUGCUGCUACCUUUGGCGUGUCGUCUGAGGUGGCCCUGCUGGGUGUGUCUUUCUACGUCCUCGGUUUUGCCACGGGCCCGACGCUGUGGGCUCCUCUAUCGGAGCUGAGGGGCCGCCGCCUGCCGCUUCUCAUCGCCAUGUUCGGCUUCUUCAUCUUCAACAUCGCCACGGCCGUGGCCAAGGAUCUGCAGACGGUCCUUAUCGGCCGCUUCUUCGCCGGCUUCUUUGGCGCCUGCCCCUUGGCCGUCGUGGCCGCUGUCUUCUCGGACAUGUUUGACAAUCGGACACGGGGUAUCGCCAUCACGCUCUUCUCCAUGGCCGUCUUCACCGGCCCGCUGCUCGCGCCCUUCGUCGGCGGCUUCAUCGUCGAGUCGUACCUAGGCUGGCGCUGGACCUCGUACAUUGUCGCCAUCAUGGGCGCCGUUGCCUUUGUGCUCGACGUCAUCUUCCUCGAGGAGACGUACCCGCCCGUCAUCUUGGUCAGCAAGGCCUCGGAGCUGCGCCGCCGUACCCUGAACUGGGGCAUUCACGCCAAGCAGGAGGAGAUUGAGGUCGACCUCCGCGAGCUCAUCACGAAGAACUUCUCACGCCCGAUGCGGCUGCUCUUCACUGAGCCCAUCGUCACCCUGCUGUCCAUUUACAUGGCCUUCAUCUACGGCCUGCUGUACCUUUUCCUCACGGCAUACCCCUUUGUUUUCCAGGGCGUGCAUCACUUCAACGCCGGCCAGUCGGGCCUUACCUUUUUCGGCAUGAUUCUCGGUCAAAUUCUUGCCGGCAUUAGUGUCCUGCUUCAGCAGCCGUGGUACCAGCGCAAGCUGGCGGCCAACAACGGCAUCCCAAUUCCCGAAUGGAGAUUACCGAGCGUCAUUGCGGGCGGCGUGUCAUUCGCAGCCGGUCUGUUCUGGUUCGGGUGGUCUGGGUACCGUGCCGACGUGCACUGGAUCGUGCCCACGCUGUCAGGCAUCCUGUCGGGCUUCGGCCUCAUGUCCAUCUUCCUCCAGUCGCUCAACUAUCUGGUCGAUGCCUAUCUCAUGUUCGCCGCAUCUGCCAUCGCCGGCAACACCUUCCUGCGCUCCCUCGCGGGCGCCGGAUUCCCUCUCUUCUCUACAUACAUGUUCGACGGCCUGGGCAUCCAGUGGGCGUCAACGCUGCUGGGUGCCGUGGCCGUCGUGCUCGUCCCCAUCCCCGUCAUCUUCUACAUGUACGGCCACCGCAUCCGUGCCAAGAGUGCCUUCGCGCCGACCGCGCCCCCCGGCGUCCAUCCGCUGGCCGCCGUCGCCAACGACCGAGACAGCAACACGGCCCACAACACUUCAGACGGCGCCGUUGACGCGGCCGCCGAGAAGGAGGCUGCUGCAGGCGAUGCGAACAGCGCCGCGGUCCCCAAGAAGGCCGGCAGGAAUGAGCCUGGCAAUGCUGUCUGAUCAUAUACCCUCACAUAGGCAUGCUUGGUAUACACCAACCAGAUAGGAGAAUGAUAAGGGGGGAAAAAGGAGACUGACGGCUGGCGUCAUCAGUCAGCUAAGCAAGCCUUUUUAUUUUAGUUUCUUGCGGUAUCUACAUUCUGCUAUCAUAGAUGCGAGAGAGAGAGAAAAGAAAAGGGGAGGGAGGAUAAAUACCCUGGCCAGCGGCGUUUUUGUUUUGUUUUUCUCUUGUUCAUAUAUUUUGUGGCUUGCAAAGCAUGCAUGCUUGCUCAAGCGUCUUCAAUGCAUAUUCCGUAUCCUGGAUAUAAUUAAUUAUUAAUUAACUUUUUUUCUGAGAGGAAAAAUGAAAAAUAAAAGUAGCAUAAAUGGCAUAGAGACUAGCAGCAGUACCACAUGAAGUGAAAA